AUGAAGGGCCAUCAUUGCACUCAUUACCAGGAGGUGUGGGCUCGACACAAUUUGGAAACCGACGAUGAAUACUACAAGAGCAAAGGCAACUACUUACUGUCAAAUUCGGAUGAGUUUCUUGAAGUCGCUCGCCCGACAUCUCUUAAAGUUGUUCACAUUGGUGGAGUUGCAUCCCUGCAAGGAGCGCCUCCUUUAUCGGAGAAAUUGCAGCAAAUUGUGGAGAAGGCCAAAAUGGGUGUGGUAUACAUCUCAUUUGGUUCAGUCGUGUCGACUAAGAAGAUGCCUAAGAACUUUCGUGAAGGUAUAAUCGAAGUAGCAAAAAUGUUUAAAAAUCAUGACUUCAUAUGGAAGGUUGAUGAAGGCGACGUGAUUCAAGGUGUUCCGAAUUUGCACACCUUUAGCUGGGUUGCUCAAGCAGCCCUUAUAGCCCACCCUAGUCUGCGAUGUUUUGUUUCACAUGCUGGCAUCAACAGUAUCUUGGAGUUGACAAGAAUAGGAAAGCCGUCAAUACUGGUUCCGCUUUUCGGCGACCAACUCAGAAAUGCGUAUCUCGUGGCAGCGAAAAACACGACCAUUGUGAUCGCGAAGGAGGAAUUUAAUCGUGAUACUUUGGCCACUGCUCUUCAACGAGUGCUCAGCGAUAAAGGGUAA